AAAGCGUCCCGCUAUAAAUUCACAACUACCUGCUGCCGAUUGCCAUCGAAUCCUUGUACUCCACCAAAUCUCUUAGAUUCGAAUUUUCUCUAUUUGAGCUUAAACAAUGUCGGGGCGUGGGAAGGGAGGCAAAGGAUUGGGAAAGGGAGGGGCAAAGCGACACCGUAAGGUGCUCCGUGAUAACAUCCAGGGAAUCACGAAGCCAGCCAUACGUAGGCUGGCUAGGAGAGGAGGUGUGAAGCGUAUCAGCGGUCUGAUCUAUGAGGAGACCCGUGGUGUGCUGAAGAUCUUCUUGGAGAACGUCAUUCGCGACGCCGUCACCUACACGGAGCACGCUCGCCGGAAGACCGUGACUGCCAUGGACGUCGUCUAUGCUCUCAAGAGGCAGGGCAGGACUCUGUAUGGGUUUGGUGGUUAAGGUUUCAGCUGCAAAAGUCUUGCUGUCAAGAAAAUUUAGAAAUUAUGUUGGUUUCUCGUUUGGGAAUCUAGGGUUUCAUAUUGGGGCUUCUGUAAUUACAGAUGUUUGAAAUAUUUAGAUUUUCUUAUUGUAGCUGUUUUGUAAUCCGAAGCAUGAAUUACAAUUUCACUAGUAUUAUUGUAAAUUAUCGGUUUUUUCUUUC